AUCGCGUCCGUGCAUUAUACUGCGGGAAACCCCGUUCAGUCUUCCUUUCUCAACAUGGCACCGAAGGUGAAGAAGGAAGUUGUCCCUGCCAAGACUGAAGCAAAGUCAAAGGCUCUAAAGGCCAAAAAGGCUGUGCUCAAAGGUGUACACAGCCAGAGGAAGAAGAAAGUCAGGACUUCUCCCACCUUCCGUCGCCCUAAAACUCUCCGUCUCCGCAGACAGCCCAAGUAUCCUCGCAAGAGUGCUCCUCGCAGAAACAAGCUGGAUCACUAUGCCAUCAUCAAGUUCCCCUUGACAACUGAAUCUGCUAUGAAGAAAAUUGAAGAUAACAACACACUUGUCUUCAUUGUGGACGUCAAGGCAAACAAACAUCAAAUCAAACAUGCCGUUAAGAAGCUGUAUGACAUUGAUGUCGCCAAAGUCAACACACUCAUCAGGCCUGACGGUGAGAAGAAGGCGUAUGUUCGUCUUGCACCAGAUUAUGAUGCAUUGGACGUUGCAAACAAAGUGAGUUUUCUUUAACUGGCAUUCACAGGGGUCUUUUAGGCUAAUUCAGAAUAACAGGUAUUUUUUUUAAAUCCUGUGCAUAUGAUGUAAACUUUUUAAUUUCUGAAUGUCUGUGAUGCAUUCAAAGGAACCACUGAUGCCCAGGAGCACAACUAUAAAAUGCAUUCAUGUGGCAGCUGAACAUGAGUAAUUUAUGUUCUCUCUUUUUUUUUUUUUUUUUUUACAGAUUGGCAUAAUCUAAACUGAGGCUGAAGAGACUUGUG